UGCCACGGUGAACUAGUUCGCGGCUCGCGGGAGUGUUUAUUGUUUGUAUUUGCUUCGCCGUCAUCGUGUUUUGUUCUCCCUUGGAGUUUGAAUUAGUUAAUCUAUUUUCUUUAGUCAAUAUAAGUUGUGAUAUGUCUCAAGAAGCGUUUGUUCAAAAUGGAGAUGAUUGUGCAGAGAACUUAAAGCGAAUGAACUAUUUGCACUGGGACGACUAUUUCAUGGCUACAUCCUUGCUCUCGGCACAGCGAAGCAAGGAUCCAGUUACCCAGGUGGGUGCUUGCAUUGUGGAUUCACAAAACAGAAUAGUGGCCAUUGGUUACAAUGGAUUUCCCCGGAACUGCAGCGACGAUGAGUUUCCAUGGACGAAAGCCAAGAAGGACACGAAGGACUACAACCCGCUCGAGGAUAAGAAGAUGUAUGUGGUGCACGCGGAGGCCAAUGCCAUCCUCAACAGCAACGGUGCCAGAUUGACUGGAACGCGUUUGUAUACCACACUGUUUCCAUGCAACGAAUGUGCCAAGCUCAUUAUACAGUCGGGAAUUUCUGAUAUUCUUUAUUUGUCGGAUAAGUACGCGGAGAAACCCACUUAUCGGGCUUCACGGCGAAUGCUGGAUGCGGUAGGCGUUGGCCACAGACGCCAUGUGCCCAAACAAAAGCAGAUUAUCAUUAAUUUUGACGACAUCCUGGACGAGGAUCCCAACUCUUCACUGAACCUUAACGACCUUCACUUGUGAUAUCAGUGUCACAAUGGAACUUAGGAUAGAACUUUCAAGACCACCGUGUACUUAUGUGUUUGUCAAUGUCAUUUUAAUUUGAUUUUAGACGUGAUUCGUUUGUCCCUCUAGUAAAAUUAGUAACGAACCAAAUAAAUUCCAAAAUGACAAAUGUAA